AUGAAAAAUUAUUAUAGUGGAAAACAAUUACCGACAUGUUCCAGAUGUGCAACAAAAGGUAUUACAUGUGAAUAUAAAACACCAAAGAAGAGAAAGAUUGCUUCGAUAUCAUCAGCAUCGGAAUUGCCUGCAAAAGCAGUUUCAAAAGAAGUUGUGGAAAAUAAGGAUGUACCAGCUGAUACAACAAUUGUUUCUAGGUAUUCAAAGCAAUUUACAAAGAAACAAAUAAUUGAUUUGUAUUAUGUGAUGAUUUGUGAUCAUUAUAUUAUUGUUGAAAAAGAAUUGUUGGAGAAGUACAUCUUGAAUGAGGAAAUAACAGAUCAGCAACCCUUAAAGAAGGAAAUGAAUGCCUUCUUUCAUUCUAUUCAAGCAUUGUUGGAACAGAGAUUUGGUUUUUGCGAAAUUGCAGAAAAAUCAGCCAAGAAAUCAAGAGAUUUACUAUCAAAGAUUUUUGAUCAAGUUUCAAACUAUUAUGUUGCUUGCUGCUAUUCAUCUCUUGGAAUUUAUGAAAUAGGAACAGGAAGAGGAAAACUUGCAAAAUUCUAUAUCAAAACAGCUAAAUUUUACUUUGAUGGGAUUGAAUUGGAAAAACUUAAUAAUUCUGAACGUUUACUGCUCGAACUUAUAUCAGUAAUGGAACUAAUGAUUGAGGAUGAUUUAGGCACGAACAAAAUUCUAAAAGAUUUCCCAAGUUACUUUUACAUGGCAACCAGUACAUCAGUUCCUCAACAAUUUCUAGAAAAGAUUCCACAACAAGUUGACUUAUCAAAUUUGGAGACGUAUUUGGAAGUUAUUUGUCAAAGUCUCAAAGAAUUUUUCAUUUCUAAAGCAAAAUCAACCAGAUCACAAUUUGACCUUAUUUGGUAUAGUGCUGGUUCUAAUUAUUAUUUUGAAAUAGUUCAUUAUGGACUGAAAUUAUUGUUUCUUAUUCAAAAUUGUCCAGAAUAUAGAUCAGAAAUUGAGCAAACUGCUUGUAAAAUAACAUUACUUUCAGAUAGUGAAUAUUUUCCAUUUACUACAUUUGCUGCUAUUCCUUAUUUUACAAUGGCUAGUAGAGUCCAUGUACAAGUGGCCAAGGAAAUUGAAAAGGGAUUGAGAAGCAAUCUGUCUUAUGAUAUUUAUUCAAUGAUUACAAAGGAUUACCGAUCUCUGCAUGUAUUGAAAUCACGUUAUAAAAGAGUGAAUGUUGUGGCUGGAAGUGUGAUAUUGGAAAUGGAGGAAAUAUUGAAAAAAAGAGAUAUUGAACCAAUCACCCAAGCAGAACACAACAGUGUAUAUUCUCCCCUUACUAAUUUCUUAGAUAUGUUGUUCAAUCCAGACGAUUCAUUCAGCACUUCUAUGAUUUCCAGUUUAAUGGACCCUUCACAAGAUAAGAUUUAA